ACUAAACAGUUGCUUUGUUGUACCAGCCAGGUUCUGACAAAUCACAGUGAGCUAUUCUACACAAUAUCCUUUUCCAAGUGCAAUUUUCCCGACACAGGUUUAUUUAUUUUCUGUCAGAUGCAGUUGUAGCCCACUGCUUGGGAAUACAUUCUUAGCGACAAUGUGGGUCGCCACCGUUCGGCUACUUCAAGGAAUAUUGAUUUGAAACAGACUGAAACUCGGGGCCAUUGGACUCCCAUAAAGAGUUUGCAACCCCUCGUUGUUCAGAAUAUUGAACAGUAGCCUACACUGCGAAAUGGAUUUGCAUGAAGGAGCCGCAAACGGUCAUUGUGAGGGUGUUUUAGACCUGUCGCGUCGGAAUUUGAACAGUUUGAGCUUGGUCAAUAUCAGCGAGGAGCAAAAGAGGGACACCAAGCAGUUGUGUCUAAGCUUCAAUCGAUUGGCCUCGCUGUCCGGAUCAGUUUGUAUGUUCUCCAACCUCGAGUUUCUGGACAUUAGCAACAACGGACUAUCGGUCAUCUGUGAAGACAUUACUCGGUUAACCAAGCUCAGAACACUAAUAUCCAAGAACAACCGUCUGGACGAAUUCUCGCUGCCUAAGGAGUUUGGAUCUUUGCCGUUGGAGGUGUUGAAUCUAAGUGGCAAUCGAUUUGAGGAGAUGCCAGCGCAGUUCCUGAAGUUGCAGCGGCUACAAUCACUUUCCCUUGGGGGAAACCGAUUACAAAGUAUUCCUGCAGAAAUAGAAAACUUAACCAGUCUGGAGCUUCUGUAUUUGGGUGGUAACCUGAUCACGUCUAUUCCUCCUGAGCUGGCCAACCUGCCCUACCUCAGCUACCUGGUCCUGUGUGACAACCGCAUCCAGGGUGUACCCCCGCAGCUCACCAGGCUCCACUCCCUGCGUUCCCUCAGUCUCCAUAACAACCUGCUGACCUACCUGCCCCGGGAGAUUCUCAGCCUGGUCCACCUGCAGGAGCUCAGUCUCCGUGGCAACCCCCUAGUUGUGCGCUUCGUCAAGGAAAUGACGUAUGACCCUCCGUCGCUGCUGGAGCUGGCGGGACGUACCAUCAAGAGCCGGAAUGUUCCAUACUCGCCCUGCGACAUGCCCUGCCACCUGCUGCACUACCUAGACCUGGCCAGCAAGUGCCCCAAUCCUAAGUGUGCCGGUGUGUACUUUGACUCAUGCGUGCGCCACAUCAAGUUUGUGGACUUCUGUGGGAAGUACCGGCUGCCCCUCAUGCACUACCUGUGCUCCCCAGAAUGCACCUCACCCUGCAGCUCCAACCCCCAGAGUGACGCAGAGUCAGAGGAUGAGAUCAGCGUGCCCGCUGACCGCCUGCAGAAGGUGCUGCUGGGAUAGCAGGAAGUGGAGAGUCCUCUGGUCGUAACCAUGAUAAAGGAAUGAAAUCUGACCCCUCUGGUCUCUCGUGUGUGUGUGUGUGAUGCUAGACUCACAGACACAAACACAUGAGAGAUGUCUUUAGAGGUGUGUGUCCCCGGGAACCUAUUGACUGUCAGUAGCAAUCUAAAAUUGGGUGACAAAUUGUGAGGGAUCUCCUGGAUAAGCAUAGGAGGGCAGUAGAAAACAUAACUAUUGCCAACUCGCUAUGUUAGCCAUUGAAAGGGGUUUUCAUGAUUUUCAAACACCAUCACGCCUUUCCUAAGAAUCAGGAUAUGAACAAUGUGAGAUUUCCAAGUGCCGGAAAAGUGUGUGACCCAGUACUCUGUGAAAGCUUUGUUUUCUCUCACACACAGGAAGUCGAUCUAGGUUGGCAGAGUGUGUAUGGACACCUCACAGCACAAUACACACAUUUACUGUGAAAGGAGAAGACCUAACUAAUCUGACAAGAUGCAAUGUUGGUAUUUCCAGCCCUGGGUUUUCUCUAAAUAUAGACAGUUAUAAAUGUAUUUUGAUCUGUGUGGGAACAUUUGCACAAUGUCCCCAGAAGGUACAUGUUCAAGGUGAACAGAUACUACAGUAGUUGGCCUUUAAAACAUUAUUAAGACUAAAAAUGCUGGUCUAUUGUUACAAUACUAUGAAGAAGUGGAAGUGAAAUUAAAUGGAAGGAACAGCAACAAAAAACCUACUCUUUGCUCCCUGAAAUAUGUGACAAUUCACCAUUUUGAGUUUGUCUUUUGUUUCCUGGAAGUGAUUUUCUAUUUGUGAUCCUAAACCAAUGUGAAAAAAAAUCAUGUUUUUUUUGUAGCCUGUACUGCGCUUAUACAAAUCCAUCGUUCUACUGUCUGACACACAUUGGCUCACACUAAUACAGUGCUUUUAUUGAAGAUGACUUAUGUAAUAUAGUACUCAUACAGGUCAACGAUCUGUACUAAAGUAUGUGCACUUUUCCCCUUUAAUAGACUACAGUAUAUAAUAUCACUAAUAAAGUUUGAUUUGCAUAUGUAAAA